GGCGCCCCGCUCAUAAAUCGCCAGUGAACUGUAUAGCGAGUGUAUAUAUCGGUGAUGGGACUUUCGUAUGUUGAUAAAUUAAAAUCAAUAUUUAAUUAAAUAAUAAUAGCCCAAAUAUAUCCAAAAAGUAGAGUUACAUCGCUUGUACAAAGUUCAAUAUUUUCUCGUAACUAUCCAACAACUGUUCAGAUUAUUGACGUUUCACGAGAGUCGAAAAAUCUAUUUGGUGCUGUUUGUGUCGGCUUAUUAGCCGUGGGUGUGCGAUAGCAGCGUUUAAUUUAUAAGAUAGUAUACGGUACAUUUAUUUACGAAUAGUCACUGUGUUUACUCUGUGUAUCAUUUUGUUAUUAUGUGGUUGGAUUUGAUUCUGAUGUGGCAAACCGAACCAAAGCAAGGCGGAGAAAACGUGACGCUCUUAUAAGAUGGGCGAACGCGCACGGCGAGCGAGUGGCCGCGCGUCGAGUGACGCGGGUUGCGCGACGCUUGCGCCACUCUUCGGAUACACAUUCAAGAAAUCGGACUGAAGCGGCCGCACCCGGCUAGCAUGGAGGAGUGCAAGAAGAGAGUCAGCACUAAAGUUUCCAAGAUAGCCAACAUAUUCCAAGGAAUGCCGUUGAGGGACGACGAAGACAUGCGCGGAAGUGACGUGACGGUCGUGAGGACCGAGAGUCACCUGGCCAGGUUCAACAACGCGCGCGCUCUGUUCGAGAAGCUGGGGGAGGAGAACCGCGGUUUUCGAAUUGAAAAGUCGCCCUCCGCCGCUGCAAGUUUUGCCGGGACACGCGGCCUUCCACCUGGAGUGCCCGCCCGGUCUCGCUCCAGCUCCGCCGGCUCAGUGAGCCCGUCGAGAAACAGCGUCACCGCACCUUCUACCUUAAACGGUGACCGCAUAGCCAACGGUGCUCCGCAGCAGCCCCCACCGAAGCCGGUCAAACCGAGCGUACUCCCGAAACCGGAGAAACCAGACCGACGGUUCAACAAGGAGCUCAUAGAGAAACAGAGAAAUUGGACGGCCCAUUUUAAUAAAUCGCGCCCGUCUCGAUACGAGCAGGACCCUAAGAUAGAGUAUAAGCCUGCUAGGAAUCAGGAGAGAAAGUCCCCCGAGGCGCCGGAGCGCCAAGUAAUUCCAUCGAGGGUGUAUUCGCCCCCCCUCUCCCCGGGUGCUAGUGAAACGCAGCUAGAUCGUCCCACGAGCUUCCCUAGUUCUUUAGUUAAUCGAAGUGUUCACGCGAAGUCGCCUAGUCCGAUUAAAAACAUUGCCCCAGUUAUACCCUCGCCUAGAUCUAAUAAUGUAGUGUCCCCCCCGAUCAGACAGGAGAUACCGUGUAUCGCGAAACCUGUAGUGCCUCAAACUGCGAUCCCCGUCGAGAAGGAACCUAGUGAAAAUAAUUAUUACAGUAAUCGUAGAUCGGCAUCGCCCAGGGACGAGGAGAAAAUUCUCGCUGAGAACAAACAACUUUUAUCUGGAUCCGAGAUAACCUCGAUAUCGACGACGUCCAUUGACAGACUAUCGCAGAGCUCCCUGCCGGGCAUACUCGACGAUAUUAUAAGCAGAAAGUCUUUAUCACCAGUCCCAAAAUCGCCACCACCACCCGAAGACAAGAGUAAAGCGGGCGAGCAACCGAAGUCCUUACCAGACCUGACGGCUGACACUGUGAUAGCGGACAGCCAGGACUAUAACGAUGGCUACGAGGAGAUUGUGAUCAAAUCUCCCACUCCGUCACCAGCUCCGUCUUUAUCCCAACACGAUACGGAGAGAAACGAUGCCGAGGAUCAGGAGAUAUCUCUCAAUCCGACAGCUGAUGUGUGCGAUAACUUGGCGAGUUCGCCGUCGAGGAGUCAAGAGGACGACGGGUAUGAUACUAUCCACUGCAGCGGCGAAUGGCAGGAUAAGAGCAAGCGUGGUUCUUCAACGCCGGAGUCGCCUACCAGCGCGGCUCAUACGGACGAUGCGUUGCGUUCGCCGCUCGCGUCCCCAUUGGCGUCGCCAGUACCCGGUGACAAGCCUCUACCUCCAUUACCUACGCAAGUAGUCGGUCGCAAGGAGGAGGAGGUGCGGGGGCGGUCGCGCGGCUCGUCGGUCUCCGACGAGGGCGGUUUCAACGAGCCCUCGCCAGAAGUUGUCGCGCGACUCCGACCGGCCGACUACCGCGCGCCGCGGGAUGAAGGCGACACUCUGUCAGUUAUGCAGCAGGACUCGGGCGUGGUAGUGAGCGAGGCUAGCCAGGGCUCCAUCGAAGUCCUGGACAAGUCCACCACCAGCCAGUGGAGCGUGUCCGAGGCGACGCGCACCGACGACGACAAACAGCCCGACAGCAUGACGCCCGAUGAGGCCGAGAUACUCCUCAGCUCCAGUAUACUGGAGAAAAAACUUAGACAAGAGGCGCUGCUGUCGGACGAGCAGGCGCAGGAGAUAGUGGCGAUGCUGUCGCCGCACGCGCCGCCGCACGACAACGGCGUCUCGCUCAACGAUAGCUACCAGUCCGUGCUCUCGUACGAGAGCAUGCAGUCAGUGGACGAAAGCUACGAGUUUGUGUCUUUGGAGACAGACGCGAAGCAGGCGGCGGAACCGGCGGCGGAACCCUCGGAACCAACUCGGGAACCGGUGGUUCCGGAUCCAGAAACUCAGGAACCGGGAACCCAGGAACCAGCUGAAGAAGCUUCGACCAGCGUCUUCGAGCACUACCCCCCGCAAGCGUUGAGGGAACUGGCAGAGGAGAAUGGGAUACAUUACUUUGAAGAUGGACACUUCUAUACAGAGGUGGCGGGACUCCCGCCGGUUGAAGAGGACGACGAUGAUGAUUAUUACCCACCAGUAUUUGUUAAGCGGAAUACCAAAGUUAAAUUCAGCACGCAACCGAUGCGCGUGUUCUCGACGCACUCAGUCCGCGAGUACGACCGCCGAAACGAGGACGUCGACCCCGUGGCCGCGUCGGCCGAGUACGAGCUCGAGAAGCGAGUGGAGAAGAUGCACGUGUUCCCCGUGGACCUGGUUAAAGGCGCCGAUGGCCUCGGACUGUCUAUCAUCGGUAUGGGCGUGGGCGCGGACGCUGGGUUGGAAAAGCUGGGCAUCUUCGUGAAGACAAUCACGGACAGCGGCGCGGCAGCGCGCGACGGCCGCAUACACGUUAACGAUCAGAUCAUAGAGGUCGACGGCAAGAGCUUGGUGGGCGUUACCCAAGCGUACGCGGCCUCGGUGCUGCGUAACACCUCUGGCCCGGUCAAGUUCCUCAUUGGGCGGGAGAAGGACCCCGAGAACAGCGAAGUGGCGCACCUCAUACGACAGUCCCUCGCCGCCGAUAAGGAGAGGGAGGAGAGAGCAUCUCGCGAGCGUCAGCGGCGGCAGGCGGAAGAGGGGGCGCCGGCGUCGGACGCGCCUCGACACCCCGAAAUACUCGAGCUGCGGGCGUUACUCAACGAGUUAGCGGGCAUGGAGGCGGGGGGCGGGUCCGCGGCGGAAGUUAGCGCGCGCGUACGCGAGUGGUGCGGCGCGCGCGCACCCGCCGACCAGUUGCGACGCGCGCUCACUACGGCUGCGGAUACGGCCGCAAGAGCUGUGGCUAAGUACGACAAGGCGCGUCGGGCGUUGCGCGAGUGGCGUCGCACGCGGGCGGCUGUGCGCGCGCGCGAGGAGUGGUGGAGCAACGAGCUGCGGGAGGCGCACAGGGAGUACUCCGCCGCGCUCUCCGCGCUGCACGACCGCGUCGCGCGGCUCGAGGUGCUGCUGCUGGAGACACAGAAGAAGGCUGGUCUGCCGGUGAUGUUGCCGCACGAGCCGUCAGCGCGCCGCGAGACGCCGCCGCUCCCGCGCCGGCCAGACCCCGACCCACUGCUUAUUAAUGAUCCUUUCAGCUCGGACAGCGAUCUAUCUGAUCUAUCGCCGAUCGAGGACGAAUAUGCCAAAGUAGAUAAGUCUGAUAGGAAAAAAGUGAUACCUGACAUCGGCGACGUGACCGCAACGACCGCUAGCGAAGUCAAAACGACCGCCAACGCCGUGACGUCACAGAGUAUAGUGUCGACUCAGUCUAACGCGACACACAAUGUAGUGUCGUCUCACUCUAACGUGACGCACAGCAGUGUAGUGUCGUCCCACUCUAACGCGUCACACAGCUUAGCGUCGUCUCACUCUAGCACUGUCUCGCAAUCAAAUGUCGUGACGUCGUACGUCAACGUCGCGACAACCAGUGCACCUUCUCCAGUCAACACGGUCAAUCAAGUCUCUGCAACGACAAUAGUGCCAGCUAGUGGUACCGACACUAUUAGGAGCACCGCGUCGGUCGCAUCUGUCGCGUCAGUCGCAUCAGCGACGUCGGCGGCGUCGUCGGUCGCGUCACGCGAGCUCGACGCUGCGGUGCCGCGCGGCGCGCUGCUCGACACGUCCGCACACCGCGCGCGCACCGACCUCGCGCGACAUCGACACCACGCGCCGCACGCGCAUUCCCCGCACUCGCACUCGCCGCACUCACUCAGCAAUGCCAGCUCCUACGACGGACUAGAUGACUCUUACAACGACUCCGCUGACGAAUCCCUCAGUGAAUCUACGUCGGGGGCGCCCAACACACACCAUACGCGAGACACCCGUCAGAGUUGCGGUAGUUCUAUCGGCAGUACCACAGACGAUGGCGUCUACUCGCGCGACCAUAGACAUUUUCCACUGUCGGGUCCAGCGGCGUCGCUGGCGGAACAGCUGAAACAAGUGCUGGCGGACCGCGAACGGCGGAUGGGCAACACGGAACCGCAACCGCAAUCGCACUCGCAACAGUAUCCGCAAUCGCAUCCGCACCCGCAACCGUAUCCGCAACAGUACACGCCGCAGCACCCGGACCCGGUGCAGCUGACCAACAACCUCGUGGAUGAGAUACGGCAGGCCGUCAACGAAGCGAAUGCUAGAGUGAAGAAAGCCCCGGCUUGUGUAGUCGGCGGGGAGGUGCCGUGGCAGCCGCAGCCGGAGCCCGCACCCGACGCGCCUGUCACCCCGCAACAGUGGAGUAAACAUCAGGUGUGGCAGUGGGUAUCAACCCUAGGCAGCGGCUUGGAACGCCACGCGGGCGCAUUCGCUGCGCGAGGCGUCGACGGUGCCCUACUACUCGCUCUCGGCUCUGCUGACCUCAAGCUGCUGGGCCUCAACGGAGACGACCGGAGACGCAUGAAGCGCCGCCUCAAAGAGCUCCGAGCGGCGCACGACAAACACGUCAAGGCGCUGAAAAAGGCGGAAAAGAAGAAGAAGAAGCCAUAAACUGUCAAUGUCAUACCAUAGAAUGUCAUGGAGAAUAGAGCUAGGUUACCUAAAUUUAUUGAUAUAUCGGUUUUUUAGAUUUUCUGGCAGAAGUUCACUAGUUCUUUUGAUUGGCUAUCUAACACUAACCAAUCAGCAACACUGUUGAAUAAAUAAACUCCUAUUAAAAACCUUGAAAACUUGGUAGGGGAUUCAUUGAGAGUAUUUAACUAAAUUUUGGGUCAAUCAAUGCUCGUUUACUUGUA